GUUUAUGUAAAUCCGAACAGAUUCUACCCUCGCCACUGUUCUCAAUAACGGACGUUCCACGCGAGAUUAACUUAUCACACAUUUAAUCAUUUACAAAGUGCGGGACAUUAAUGUCUGACCUCCCAUAUCUUUCUCCCCAAACCAGUUUGAGACGACCCCUCUGGUUUAUCUUAUCACAAGGCACAUGUCAUCUGACUUUGAGAAGAGAUUUGUAUUAGUCAGAACAGCUAUCAGUCAUGAAGUCCACAGUGUUGGAAGUGUUGGUCAUUAUGGCGUCAGUGGCACCGGCCAUACAGAUUAACCCCUUCCGGAGCAUGUUUCCGAAACACUACCCCUAUGCCCUCAACAACGGCGUGGACCCUGGACAGCCGCUCAUGCUGACGCCGUAUAUAGAGAGAGGUGACACAGAGAAAGCCCGGCUGGUGAGUGCUACAGGGUCCUAUAUCCCCCAACCGGGUCACUCCGGCUUCCUGACUGUCAACAAGACCAUCAACAGCAACAUGUUCUUCUGGUUCUUCCCGGCUCAGGUUAACCCCGAGACUGCUCCCGUGCUAGUGUGGCUCCAGGGUGGACCCGGCGGAUCCUCCCUCUUUGGUCUAUUUGUGGAGAAUGGGCCCUUCUCUGUGGAUCAACACGGGAACUUGGUGAGGCGCAACAUCACCUGGAACUCACGCUACUCCAUGCUGUAUAUUGACAACCCUGUAGGGACAGGUUUCAGCUUCACGGGGGAAGAUUCCGGCUACGCCAACAACGAGGAAGACGUAGCCAGGGACCUGUACAGCUGUCUGACGCAGUUCUUUCAGAUAUUUUCAUCGUAUCAAAGCAAUGACUUCUACAUUACUGGAGAGUCGUAUGCAGGGAAGUACGUCCCCGCAAUCUCCUACAAGAUCCACAUGGAGAACCCAACAGCUAAAGUGAAAAUCAACUUGAAGGGGAUGGCUAUUGGAGAUGGCCUCAGUGAUCCAGAGACAAUGAUGCCUGUGUAUGGCAAGUACUUGUUUUAUCUGGGACUGAUAGAUGAGAACCAGGAAGAAUACAUGACCGCCCGGGGAGAGGACAUGGCCGCCUACAUCAGGGAGGGCAGGUAUCAGGACGCUCGCCAGCUAUUUGGCACAACGCUUGGUUUGGCUGGAAAAGAAAGUGGACUCCAUCAAUUCUACAAUUAUCUUAUUACGAACGAUCCUAAAGACUUCAGCUAUUACCCACUGUUCCUAGCACGCCCAGAGACAAGAAAUGCUAUUCAUGUUGGUAAUCUUACCUUUCAUGAUGGUUCUGAGGUGUCGAUGCAUCUCGGUGAUGAUUUCAUGAUGUCUGUGAAACCCUGGCUGGCAACAAUCAUGGAUAACUACAAGGUGAUGCUGUACAAUGGGCAGCUGGACAUCGUUGUGGCCAAUCCUCUGACUGAAGCCAUGCUGCAGACUGUGGAAUGGCGGGGCCUGCAGGCGUACAAGGCUGCCAACAGGACAGUGUGGAAGGUUAAUGCUUCUGAUGAUGAGGUAGCUGGCUACGUCCGACAGGUCGACAACUUCUACCAGGUUGUAGUGCGUGAUGGAGGCCAUAUUUUGCCACAUGACCAACCAAGGAGAUCACUUGACAUGAUUCAGAGAUUUGUGGAAAAUAUACCCUUCAGUAAACCCUAGUACAAGUAGUAUUGUAUCAAUAAACUGUUUCAAAUACAGUCUCACAGA